UUGACCGAAGGAGCGGCAGCCUGUGGCGCACUUGGCGGCACACUGAGACAGCGCACCAGGACUCCGUGGAUGGACAAAUCCAGUAGUGGACUUCCUUCACUGACAAGAUUAAGACCGGAUUUCUAUCGUUCAGCUUUUCUUCGCAUUUAACAAAGGCUCACCACAACCGUCGCAUUUGAAAAGGAUUUCUCACCCUGGGAGUGCGAGGCAAAGGGACUUUGGAGAUUGUUUCAGCAGCCAUUUAAAGGAUCUGGAUGAUCAACAGUACAAUGAGGACCUAAAGCUGGGAGUGCGUCCCACUGAAGGCACAAGAGUUUCAGACCACAGUGUUACUGCAGUGUGUGUGUGUGGCCCGUCCAGUCUGUGUAUUUUUACAUACUCACUGUGUUGAGUUCAAAGCCCUGUGGAGUGAGGAGAGGACUUAAACCAAAGAGUAUGGUUCAGCUGUCCACUGCAGUCUGCCUGUUGGGAGGCCUGUUUUUGAUAGCUCCCGUUCUGAUGGCCCCAACGCACUCCAGUAUGUGCACACCACUGAGGACGAUCAACGACAGCCUCAGCCACAGACGACGGUACAUGAAACACAACUUCCCCAUCGAGUACACCAUCAAGGUUCAUAAUAGGGAAAUCUUUAGACUGUCAAAUAUCAGCCGAAUGAAGUUAAGAACAGAGGGGUUGAAUGACCUGGUUCUCCAGAGGCUGUGGUUUCAAGUGUAUCAAGGUGUUUUAAAAAAGAUCCUCUGGGUUUUGCCAACGAGACAUCCUUCACGUCCUUACACAGCUGAGUUGGAAAGACGCUUCAAGGAUGCUCAGGCAGUCUUUAUGCAGUCACAUCCUGCUGAGGUCUUCCAAGAGGACCUUCCAGAGAAAAUCCAGGACAUUUGGGAUAGUUUAACAGAAAAGCCUGAAAACAUGCCAGAGUCUAGUUGGCGAUUUGCUACUCCAAAGUCUCUCUUGGACAACUUGUGCCGCACCAUGUACUGCCUCUUCAGUGAAUGCUUUUCCAACGCAGACGUUCAGGAAGACUACUGUGAAGUUUCUCAUUGGCGGAAAGGCAGGAAGAAAGACAUGCAGCCCGAAAGCUGAGAAGAAGCAAGCGGAGUCAAGUUGUCCCUAGUGAUUAGGGAUUAGUAUUAUUAUUUCCCUUGAGCUAUAGGGAGAUGGGUAAAAGGACAAUACACACUGAAAUGAGAGUUCAGACCUGAUUUGUGAACAUCAAUAAGUCUUUUCCAAAUCUGCUAUACAGAGCUAAGAUUAUCCAGAGUUUGUCCUCAUAAUUUCAACUCUGUGUGUCAAAACAGAUGGAAAUUAAAGACAUAAUAUCUCUCAAACCUUUGUGAACCUAAAGGCUUUCUGUUAAAUGACAUCAAAUGAAUUUUUGAGUAAAAAUACCAGCUCAUUGUCUCUUGGCAUCCUCUCAGAUUAAGAUUAUAGCAUUUUUGGAUCAGAUUUGCUCAUGUUCACAAAUAGCGACUGAACUGAUGUGUGGUCAAUAUUUUAUCUAAGGUGGAUUCUUUAUAAACAAAGGGUUAAUGCUCACCUGCAGCUUUGCCAAACCACUGCUCAAAAAGUUGUGAUGCGCUCCUGCGGGCCUGUGUGGUUCACGUCAGAGGCCAAGGACAGAUUGGGAAACUUCAGCUGACUUUGUACAUUUGCUAGAAUUCUCCUCUUUUGAACAUCAGUGUGCUAAAGCAGGAGCAGUGUAUAUGAACUCCAAGCGUAAAUGCAAACUGAUAACUACUGGUCUUAUUCUACAGUUGUUGACUGUACAUUUUUAUACAGCUGCCCAGACUGCUUAGCCAAGGAUGUUGAAAAAUGUGUGCUCAUUUUGGCUCCAUUUUAUGUAUUUUUUUCCUAUAUGUUUAUUAUGCAAAGAAUGAGAUUGGAAAAUGCAUUCAUCUCCCUCCAUCCAACCUAUGCAUUUUAUACUUGCUGUAGAUCUCUUAUGAUUUUUUUUCAUGAGGCAACUAUUAAAUAAUUUGAGGACUUACUAGCUAAACAAAGCUCAAAUGAUUGUUAGCAUUUUAAAUAUGAAGUUAAAUCACAGUCAGAUGUUAUUUGCCCCAUAGUUAAGUUAUAUUCUAUAAAAAUAAUAAUAAUAAUAAUAAUAAUAAUAAUAAUAAUUGACACUUCUGUCUGUUGUCCAUUAUCUUGAGUUACCCCUCACAGAAUUUUAACUAUGAACAUGUUGGAAAUGCACACAAAGACAGUUGCAAAACCGAAAUGUAAAAUUCAGCUCAGUGUAGUUGCAACAUUAGAAAUCUUGAGGGAUUGUUCUCAGCAUUCAAAUCCUUUUCAACACAUCCAUACUGAGAUUUAAUAUCAGGUUCCUCUGCCAUUUUCUUUCUGUCAGAGUUAAGAGUUACCCCUUAAACGAUUCAAAUCGAGGCAAGGUUAUGAGAAGGUAAGGCAAAGAGAAACAUACAGUUUACUACAGAAGUUGGACUUUUGGCUGACAAGCACUGUAAAUAUGUGGAAAAAGAGGAAAAUGUAGGCAAGUCAACAAGAUUUUCAUGCAAUAUCACUUAGAGUUUAAACCUUUACGCACGGGAACAAGCUUCAAGAUGCAUUUCAAAGUUCACAAAAAGUGUUAUGGUGCUUCUUCAGUGGAGUUUUGGACUUAGAGAUUCUAUUCUACAUGUGCAACUAUAUAAAUACUGACUGAAAAAAUGUUUUUAUGAUAGGCGUAGUGCACAUAAAAAAACAGACCCAUCCAUAGUUCUGUGGUUACCUCAGCAGCUAGUGUUUCUGUUUGGAGUGCCAGUGAAGAUUCACUUAAAAAAGGCCCUCUACACAGAUUUAUCAAACACAGUAGUCGACAAACGUAGUGAAGUAAAAAGUAGUGCAGUUUCAGCUUUCUUCGGGGUGUGUUAAUAGCCAGAAAUCUAGCUUCUUACAUGCUGAAAUGUUCACACCCUAACCUCUUCUUUGGUAAUAAUUAACUCUGAUUCUCAAAAUUGCUAACUAACCAGGGGCUUGGAUGUGAUCAUGUACACUUCAAUACAGUAAAUGCUUAACAUCUUUACUGAGCAGCUGCUGUGUCAAGGCGACAUCACCAACUGUAAUGGGUUGCAUAGUUUUUCCCCCACACUGGAGCACAUCUCUGUGGAAUUUUUCUUAUCUCUUAUUAUCAGCCAAACUGCAGUUUGGUGGGGAAAAAAAACAGCUGGAUGAGGUAAAAUGAACAGAAAAGUAAGCAAAACAGCAAGCCAUUAAAACGAAGCAGCUUAUGCUAAUAUUUUCAGCUCGCAACCAUCAAUUAAUUUCAGCUGCCAUAGCCAUAUUUCUAAACUCGGCCAUUCAACACAUUUAACUACUUAAGGCAAGGGUGAGCAGAAGUUAAAGGGAGUUACCUAAAGGUCAUUUGUUCUUAUCAGGAUUGAAAGCGUCCUUCAUAUUUUCUUGUUGUUUGAGUAAAACUCUAUUAUACAUGCUUCAUUUGAUUAUUGAUGAUGGUGACGUGAAUUUGAGGCUAGGUGUUCGAAAGAAAUCUUGAGACAUACAGAAACAUAAACAUAACAGUAGAAAAAGAAAACAGGCAUUCUGGUAGUAGUUUCAAUGAUUUGUGAGGCAUAUUUGGCUUAUUUAGGAAACUUAAACUUUAUGAAUACAAAUAGACUUCGUUUAAAGAGAUUUUAUCUAAUUAACUAACUCACUAUGUUAACAGGUUCUCCACUGAAGUAUAGAAGGCAAACCUUAAACCUGCUUUGAGACAAUGCUGAGAAAAACAUUACCAUUUGAACUGAUAUAGUUCUUUAAUGCACAAGUUUCAAGCAGUUAAAAAGAGCAGCGUUUCAUAACGUUACAGCAUGAAGGGUGAGGUCGGCCUUUGAAACUGUUUGGCACGGUCACUUACUGAAGACAAUCUGCUCACCCCAUCAUGUGCCACUGUUUUCCUUAGACUGUUGUUUUUCCUCAUUAUACUUUCCAUGCACAGCGUUCAUUGCUUUCAAAUCCCAACAUACUGGUUCAGUCAGUUUAUGGUGCAACAUUCCCAUAUCCCCUUAUUUGCGUUAGGGCUGAAUGUAUUUAUUAUCAUUAGCAAUGCUAACAGUUUCAAAAACACACUUGAAAUGCCUGUGCAAACAUUGCAAAAAAAAAGAACUGGUUUAUCGUACCAGCUAGAAGCAGUCAUUAUCCUUCCCUUUAAGAUUGUUAUGUUAAAGGAUACUGUUUGUUGAAAUGAAACAUGAAAGAAUUUAACUUAAACUAAAAUAAAUUAUAUAUA